GGGAUUGCGAGAUGCAUCUGGACAAGACCGCUGAGGACCGCCAACAGUUCUUAGUGCAAGUUUGACCACGACAACGUCACAAGGACUGAGGCCCUGACGUCACAGCAAUGGCUGCAGCUGGUUUCUUGACAUUGGGUACAGCUCUCCUACUUGUCACCACCCCGCUUCAUGCACAGACCGAGUCGCUCAAUGUCCAUAACGAGGCUAAGGCUGUCGUGACGAACGUCCGUGACUUGGUCGCGAGGACUAAAGAAGGUUCUCCUCUGAAAACUAUUCUACAGAACAUACUUGACUUGCAGAGAGUCGUCGUCAAUAUUAUUGCUCGCCUGCCAUCCAACCAAAUUUCAGAGUGCGAGACACAGACUGUCAUCAAGUUGGCUGCAGCUGGAAUUGGCAGCCAUGAGGUGCUGGAUGUGCUGCUAGCUGAAGACGAUCUAGGUGUCGUGAGCGCUCGUAUUGGAAUGGCCCUCACCUUCGUGAACCGGGUGGCACAACAGCUGGACGACAAGCUGACGAGGUCGUCUGAUGUUGGCCCCGAGCUGACCGCCAUCGCUUUUGGCAUCAACAGCACAGCCGUCAUUAUCAACACUGCCGCUGAGACAAUAAAGGAGAAGCUCAUUCUCCUGAGACAAGGAAACCGAAACAGACGAGAAGCGACCACGCAUCUGGCCCACGGAUUUGACAUGACUAAUCACGUGGUCUGGUGGCGCGAUACGACUGGCUUCCACACGUUUCACGUCGGUCCCUUUGAACCUCCAGUGUUACCGCAUGGGUUGAAACACCUGCAGCGGCGCUCACCUAAUUGGAGUGGAAACGUCGGUGCAACGGGAGACUUCAGAUCAGGCACAGCGAAUGGCGAAGUGCGUUAUACAAGUUCCAACGGACGGUUCACGGCUGGUCUCAAUGGGAAUAUCGGCUGGGGCCCAGGCGGUCCUCGGCCCGGCGGGGGCUUUACUAUCGGAUUUAAGUUUUAGUCCGUAUGACGACUCCGAUUCACACUUCUUCUAGAAUUUACCCCAGGUACAUCUGAAAAGAUAUAGCGAGGACAAACGUAGGGUAAUGAAAUUACUGUACCGAUGGACUUUAGUAACAAGCGAAACAACUUUCCAGAAACCGUCAUAGUUUUUAUUUCUUUUAUUUUCUUGCUUUUUCAUUCUUUAGAGAAUAAAGAUUGUAUUUCAUUGAA